AUGAACCCCACCAUGUCGCGACGUCGGGCUGCACAACUUGUCAUCACCGUCGUCAACACCGUCCUGGAGAUGUGGUUGGCCAAGUAUCGUGAGGGAAUGGUUGGUCGAGAAGAUGCCAUGCCCGAGACCGCGCGGUUGAUGACCUCCUUGGCCACGCUCGUGACGACUGGCAACAUCCUUCCCACAGGCAUUCCGCCCGGCGUCAACAUGUAUACGCAAAUGCAUGCGAUGCGCGACCAUAUGGAACACAGAAUGCGAUGCAAGACGAGGUUCAAGGCUUGCGUGUGGUUGGGGAGGCGCGGUGAACCCCACGGCCAUCGCAGCGAUGAUGGAGACGGCGACCACGGAAACGACUCCAAAGAACCGGCGCCAAGCCCUCCGUCCACCCGUCCGAUCCCGAGCUUGAAGCGCAAACGCGACAUGGCGACACUGGUAAUGGCGAUGACAUCGCGGACGUCGUAG